UACAGAUCAAACUGCGAUUUGAUCGUCACCGCUUGCCGACGACUCCCGUUUGCCUCGUUGGUGUGUUUCUCUGGAACAAAAAAUCCAGCUGGAUGUACGUGAUAUUUUUGGUCUCUGGGAUCUCGGCUGCGACAAUCGUGCAUGUCUUUCCGACUCCCAAGUUGUUGCAGCACUCGGCCAUGAUGAGAGCAAUUCCAAUGAACUUGGCACAAGACAUAUUGGAGUCCACAGGAUGUCUGGGUUUUCGCAAAGUGGGAUGAAGAGACGAGAACCCAGAUAAGGACCGAAUCGCGGUGGGAUUAGAAGGCCAGAAACCUGCAUGCCCAUGGUGAGAAAGAUGAUGGCGGCAGCAGUAAAGCUGGACAAGAUGGCAGUUUUUGGCGGCCUACCUCGGAGAUUACGACCCAAGAGAUUAGACUAGGCUACAGGCCAUGCUGAGUCUCACGCCAAUUUGGUUUAUCGUCAGCAGUGAUCCCAUGCCGGUCAUGAUGAAGAAGCCGCCCAACGGUCAAGAAGCCAACUUUCUUACCGGCAGAUCGAGCGUACGCAUGGGAUGCAUGUACGAAGCGGAGCAUGACAGCGACCUGCUCGCUGAGACUGUUGAGUUGAGCAAGGGUUGCGAUGGACGAAGAUGUCUAGAAACCUUUUCAAAAUUCAAGGAGUCCGUCCUGCCGUACCGCCACAAGCGGAUGGGAGACGUUCCAGGCAGCGCCGUCCCGGGCCUCAAGGUUGAAACGCAACAGCGCUCCGAUAGCCGCUGCACCCACUGA